AUGAGUCGUGUAAGACAAAAUAUUUUGGUUUUAAGUGAAAAAAUUCAAGGAAUCAGAAAUUUAUUGAAAAUUUUUUAUACAUCUGACAACGAAUUGGGCGAAAACGAUGAAAUUCCAAUCAAGAAAACGUGGGUGGAUUUGAUGAAAACAUUAAUGUUGUGCGACAGAACAUUGUUUCUAUUGCAAGUUCAUCGUGGAAUACUACCAUAG